UAUCGCGUUGAAGUGGCCCAGUCGAGGGCGGGUCAAAUGCGUCUUCGAGCCAGAAUGUCGCAAGAUCUGAGGACCAGUGGUCUAUUACUAGGGGCUCGGGGAGAUAGUCUGUGGUCGUCCGGGUUCGGGUGCCUUUGCUUCUGACGACAGUAACGGAAACGCUAGUCGUUGCGAUCUUGGAAAAUUGUCUUGCGUCUGAUGUGCGUCGAUGUUCCACGACGACAACGACAAUAACCUGCACAACUCCGCCAGCCGAAUUCGAAACAUAGAGCCCUCCUUCAGUGAACGAGUGUCAACAAUGGGCCUCCUAACGAGCCUCUUCCCCUCUGAAGCCGACAAGCGCGCAACCGAAAUUCGCACGGGCGCCGUCGCGCCGUCGCGCGCCGAGCGCCAAAAGUGUUGGGAGGCGCGCGACGCCUAUUUCGCCUGCCUCGACGCAAACGCCAUCGUCGACGCGCUCAAGGACGAAAAGAAGGCGACGCGAGCGUGCGCGAGCCAGAGUGACCGUUUUGAGAAGGAUUGCGCUGCGCAGUGGGUCACAUAUUUCAAGAAGUGGCGGGUACAGGAUAUCCAAAAGAAGGCGAGGUUGAAGGAGCUCGAGGCGCAGGGGGCGAAUAAGAUGGAUGUGCAGGCGGAUUUCACCGAGAGGAGGUGAUCACAGUGAUAGCGCG